AUGGCUACCAGGGUUGGGCAAGCCGUCGGUCCGGUCGCAUUCGGACCUGUGCCACGUCGCCGUGACCGCCAAGCUGGCAGCGGCGCACAUCAUGCGCAGGGAAACAACGCAGCGCCUCCAAAGAAAGCAUUCAAAGCAGUGACCCCGUCACCUGCCAAAAACUCUGGCCGCGUUCCUAUGUUCACAAAGAGUGCUUCGUCAUCGCCACCUUUGGGACACUACGCCGGGCCAAAGUUCAGCGAGUCGCCUUCCCCGGCCGCAUUGCCACGACCGCCAGUCCAUUGGGUGUCUUGUGGUGCCUUGCAAGCCGCAUCACCCGAGGUUUGCCGCGAGAUGACCAACCGACUGAAGACUCUCCUCAAGGUGAACGCCUGA